GUUUCCGUACAUUCCGGGGGCGUGGUUUAGCGCGGCGUCCCCUCUCCCGGAAAGCGUCGUGUGACGUCGGUGCCGCACAGGAGCUGCGGCGGUCGCUGCGGAGGAUGGUGUUGAUCAAGGAAUUCCGAGUAGUUUUGCCGUGCUCCGUAGAAGAGUAUCAAGUUGGUCAGCUUUAUUCAGUGGCAGAAGCCAGCAAAAAUGAGACAGGAGGCGGUGAAGGAAUUGAAGUUUUAAAAAAUGAACCAUAUGAAAAAGAUGGAGAAAAAGGCCAGUAUACACAUAAAAUCUACCAUCUGAAAAGUAAAGUCCCCGGCUUCGUAAAGAUGUUUGCUCCAGAGGGAUCCUUGGUAUUCCACGAGAAAGCCUGGAAUGCAUACCCUUACUGUAAAACAAUUGUAACGAAUGAAUACAUGAAAGAAGACUUCUUCAUUAAAAUUGAGACUUGUCACAAACCAGACUUGGGGACUCAAGAAAACGUACAUUGUCUAGAUCCCAACGUGUGGAAGACUGUUGAAGUGGUCCAUAUCGACAUUGCAGAUAGAAGCCAAGUAGAACCAGCAGAUUACAAAGCCGAUGAAGAUCCAGCAAUAUUUGAAUCCUUCAAAACAAAUCGGGGACCUCUGGGACCUAAUUGGAAGAAAGAACUGGCAAAUGCAAAGGACUGUCCACGAAUGUGUGCUUACAAACUAGUCACUAUUAAGUUUAGAUGGUGGGGACUUCAAAAUAAAGUAGAAAAUUUUAUUCAGAAGCAAGAAAAACGAAUAUUUACGAACUUUCAUCGUCAGUUGUUCUGCUGGAUUGACAAAUGGAUUGACCUAACAAUGGAAGACAUCAGGCGAAUGGAGGAUGAAACACAGAAAGAGUUAGAAGCGAUACGUAAGAAGGGUCCUGUUCGAGGUACAUCUGCGGCAGACACCUAAACAAGCCAAGUCUAGUUACAGGGGGCAGUAUUGAGGUCUGUGACUACGCAACCAAGGUCAAGUGAGAGGAACAAGUGCUGCCAAUGACGAAUGAAGACGGACCUGACCAAACCGCAUGCAGAAUUGUCAUUUACAUCUGUGUUUAUAUACCUGUAUGGUUAUAGCUAUAUAAACACGCUCUGAGCAUCAACUACUUAAGUGUACUGUACCUGACAUGAGCAAAAAAAAGAAAAAUCCGUAAAGGUGCACUGCAUAUGACUAGUUUACAAACCCGAUGAAUGUCACUAGCAUUGUAAGGCAUGGACUCCUGACAGCCAGGCCAUCGUUUUUGCAAAACCUGUUCCACUUUUAAUUAUUUUAGUUCAUUGUCAGGCAAAUAAACUGCUAUUUUGGUCUGUUACAGAAUUUAUCAAAUAGUAAUAAUUUGAUGGAAUUGUUAUUAAGUCAUGUAUAAUUGGGCUUAGAAUGAACUUUUACCUGACACUCACUGGAGCGGAGGCCAACGUCAUCAAAUAGUUACGAAGCACUGGUAUAAGCUAUGUACUGUUGGGGUAAAUUUUGAUUUAAAGAGGACCUAUAACCUCCCUUGACAUAACUAUUUUAGUAACUGCUUGAAUUCCCCAUGUCAUAGCAAUUCAGGAGCAUCUAUUCUUAUUGCUCUAUGUUGUGCCCUUCCUGCCUAUGAAUAAAGGUACAACUGGGUGUUACCAGUUAGGGGUUUGUCCCUCAUAGUCUAUAUUGCCGGAACUGAUUGGAUACGGUCAUACAUAGAGGAACAUAGAGGCAUAAGAAAAGAUUCUCCAUGUUAAAGACCAUUAUUUAAAACAGACCUGUCGGGAGAGGGAACAGGUCCUUUUUAAAGCCAAAAUGCCCUGUAGGUCAUAUAUUCUUUUUUUAUCCGAUUUCAUUUGCUAUUGCAGGGAAUAGCUUUGGUUUCAUUGGUAACAUUUUUUUGUCAAAAUUUGUAGAACAAAAUGGGAUUUUAUUGGGUUUGCUGAUCUCCGUCCCAAAUUUGGACGUAUGCUUAUUUUAGGGAGGUGUGUCUGUCUUGCUGGGAUCUUGUCCCCCCCACCCUUUUGUCUAAAUGGAGCAGAAUAUAAGAAAGGAACUGGUGAAACAAUGUAUCAGGUGAGAGUAUCCACUAGGACCUGGUGGUUCUGGUGUAUCGUUUCCCCAGUAGUUUUCUGGAUGACGUCUGGAAGACAUCAGACACUUUCACCGGUGUGUGUUCCUUCUUUCACUACUUCUAUCCUUAGAUUCCCCCUUUUUCUUGGAACGAGGCUCACACACACCGUUGAAAGACGUGGCUUAUUUCAGAUGUUGCCGUUUUGGAUCUAUGCAUACUGUGUCAUUUCUACGUUAUUUAUGCUUUCCAGCUCUUCUAUGUGUAAAACAAAUAUUUAAUAUAUAAAACCCUUCACUAGAAGUCAAACUGCGAGUGAGAGAGUUUAAGAUAAUGUUAUACAGUCCGGUUGUAGAUAUGUCUGCAGUAGAUUUUUAUAAUGGAGCAUGUUAAAUGCUUAGCAUUUGGGUUAUUAAAAUGAAAUCUAAAAUAAAUAUUUUAGGAGCGACAGGAAAGAUUUUUUUACAAAAGGUUUAGCUAGAACUGCAACCUUAAACUCUCGUAGUCGGUGUUCACACUUGCCUUUACAUUACGGCCCUGUAGUAAAUGCCCCUCGGUCGACCUGAUUAUUCUAGACAUAAAGCUAUACAUCUUGAUGGCUCUUAUUAUCAUGAUCCAGAUAUUGUUUCCCUCUGGUGGGAAUUAGAGAGUCAAACAUGAGGAAAUGUUGCAGUCUUUGUUCAGAUUUUAAUAUUCAGGGGAACUUUUAAUGAAUGUAAAAUGUCAAGAAUUGCAGUCUGGUGUGAACAGUAUGUUAAUUAAGUGUAAGUAACCAAUAAAUUUGAUCACCAAAUAUGAAA